AACUAAUCACUUAAAUUUUGACUUGAAAUUGAGUUUUUUUUAAUUAUUUAAAACAUUUUUCUGGAAGGAUGACCCCCUGCGCGGUCCGGGUUUCGAACGGGUGUAAAAGUUAUUCUGCAGGAGAACCCGUCCUGAAAGAUAUGUUUAUGCAGGUCGAACAUGGAAAGAUUUAUGGACUCUUAGGCGAGAGCGGUUGUGGAAAGACGACACUUUUGAAAUGUAUCAUGGGUCAAAUUGCCCUGGAUUCGGGCCAUAUUUCCGUCCUAGAAAGGGAUGCCUGUAGAUCGAGAGAGGAACUUCUUACCUCGAUUGGACACAUGCCCCAGGAAGUUGCCCUGUAUCCGUUAAGAAUUAGGGAAAUAUUCGAAUACUUUGGAACACUUCAAGGCCUUAGUAAGAUCGAGGUAGGGGUCAGAAUUCGGGAAUUGAGUACCGUUCUGAAUUUGGAGGAUGGGAAUCUCUCCGUCAAAACGUUAAGCGGCGGACAGCUUCGUCGUGUCUCGCUUGCUGUCGCGUUGUUAAAUCGCCCCAGACUUUUGAUCCUGGACGAGCCUACGACGGGAAUUGAUCCCUUGUUAAGAUUGGGUAUUUGGGACUAUAUUGGUGGUCUGGUAGUCACGUUGGGAACAACGGUCAUUGUCACGACGCAUUAUGCUGAAGAGGCGAGGAAAUGUGAUAAGAUCGGCAUAAUGCGGAGGGGUCGCUUAAUUUGCGAAGAUAAUCCCAACAAUCUCCUGGAGUCGUACGGCACUCCGAUUUUAGAAGUCGUGCUGAAAUCCCUUGCCAGAAUGGACGAGGAGAAAAAAUUACAGUCCAUCGAUAAUCAUUCUACACUAGCUAAAAUAUCAAGAUACAAGUAUCCCUUGGCAGGACUGGAAUCCGAUAAGUGUAGCCCAUUAUCUUUCCGUUUUAAGGAAAAAGACGAAACUGAAGCCUCGCUAGAAAAUAUUUUUAUUGAGAAGGCGGAAACUCCAAAGAAGUCAAAAAUUGUUGAGGAGUUUGAAAAAGUUAGAAUUCUAACGAAACGGAAUUAUCUUCUUCACCUGCGCACACCGGAGGUUUUGGCUACAUUCUUGCUCCUGCCGGUUAUCCAGGUCAUAGCAAUCUUUUACAUUUUUGGCAGAGAUCCUGUCGGAAUGAGGUUGGCUGUGUAUAACCAAGAAAGAAAUUGUUUCGGUGGAAAGAAUAAUAUGAAUUAUAGUCUAUUGGGGGAUAAUUGGACGAUAUGGGGUUGUGCUUUUCUUAAGGAACUUGAAGAAGGGGCGGGAAAAUUUAAUUUGAAAUAUUAUAGGUCAGGCACCUCAGCUUUGGCUGCUGUCGAAACUGGUGGAGCAAUAGGGGCUGUUGAAAUUCCCGCAAAUUUCACAGUCAGUACUAGGCACAGAUUUGUUUUUGACAGAUUCACCCCAGAAAUUGAUUUGCGGCAGAGUACGAUUAAAGUUCGGAUGGAUAUGACGAAUACGAUAAACACCAAUUUCGUGAUCAGCAUGAUUCAACUAAGUUAUAUGAGAUUCCUUCAAGGGAUCGUUAAUGAGACAAGAAUAGAAAUUAAUCCUAACCUUCUCAAAUUACCAUUUACUUUCAACAGAAAACUGGAUCCACACGAAUUUACAUUUCAAGAAUAUAUCCUUCCAGCCAAUGUAAUUUUGACAACCUUUUUUCUCUCAAUGUCUGCCGGCAUUUUCCUCUCGACGGAGAAAGAACAAGGGACGUUGGCCCGUUCGCUGGCGGCAGGAGUGAAAAUGCGGCAAGUCUACAUUUCCUAUUUUAUUUCUGAAACGUCCAUGACUAUUUUGCAAGUCGGGGCCAUAUUUGCGGUUCAAUUCGCCCUGGUCGGAUACGGGGUUAGGGGAAAUUUAGGAACGUGCUUUGUCAUGGCGCUACUAUCCAGUGUUGUCACGAUGUCGUUAGCAAUGCUGGCCGCCUCUAUUUUUUCAAAGUUAAGGGAAACGAUUGUUACCAUAAUAUUUUUCAUCUUGAUAUGCGGCAUACCUUCAGGAUCCUUCUGGCCGCUGGAAGCUGUCAAUGCACACUUCCGCUGGAUGUUCUACUAUUUGAAUCCAAUCUCACUGCCGAUGGUGGCGAUGAGACGAGUGUUCAAUAAUGGGUGGGGUUUGGGGCAUUUAGUUGUGAGGGUGGCUUUCUUAACGCCGAUUGCUUGGUUGGUUCUUAUUUCGUGUGGAUAUUGUGUUGUCGGUAGGAUACAGAGGGUUAAGUAGAGGCCAAUUUCUUGAAAAUGAUGGGACAAUGGGCGGCACAUCUUUUAAAAUUGACUUACCUUUUGAUUUUUGAUUAAUUUAAUUAAAAAAAUUUGUAUAUGGAUGGUAAAUAUGAGGUAAUAUUUCAAUACUUAUUCAACCCGAGAAUAUUUUGGGAUUUCUCGUGAGAAUAAAUCAGUCGAUGAUAACCCUG